UAUGUGCGCGACGCGGCGCGGCGUGAGCCUCCUCUAGACUGUCGACGCACGACCACCGGGUUAGGGACGACAAGGGAGGCCCGUGCCAGCGCGCGUGGAGACGUCAAUCCGGACGACACGAGAACGACGAUUCGGACGCGGGUGGAUUCGGCGAGAUCUCUGUGGUGGUGGUGGUGGUGGUGGUGGAGGAGGUGGAGGACGACGCUCUCGGCGACGCGACGCGACGCGACGCCACGCCACGCCACGCCGUCGACGUGUUGAUACGCGUCGCAGCGAGCCACGGUAGCGAGCUGGUCGUUUGUUCGACCGACAAUGACAACGUGCUAACCGUGGUACCAGGCGAGUCUCGGGAGUCAUGGCGAACAUCGCGGCGCAGCGAAUCAAACGGGAAUUCAAAGAGGUUAUAAAGAGCGAGGAGAUAGCAAAAUGUGCGAUUAAAGUUGAGUUGGUCAACGAUAGUCUUACCGAAUUAAAGGGAGAGAUUGCUGGUCCACCAGACACACCAUACGAAGGUGGUAAUUUUGUGCUCGAAAUCAAAGUUCCCGAGACGUAUCCAUUCAAUCCUCCUAAAGUACGUUUUAUAACAAAAAUAUGGCAUCCCAAUAUAUCUUCCGUAACUGGUGCCAUAUGUUUGGAUAUUUUAAAAGAUCAAUGGGCUGCCGCAAUGACUCUGCGUACAGUAUUACUGUCGCUACAAGCGUUGUUAUCUGCAGCAGAACCUGAUGAUCCUCAGGAUGCAGUAGUCGCUAAACAAUAUAAAGAACAUCCAGAAUUGUUUCGUCAAACUGCCACACAUUGGACAUUUGUAUAUGCAGGUGGGCCAGCAAAGAUGCCCGAUUUAGAUGACAAAAUAAGAAGAUUAACAGAUAUGGGAAUUGAAGAACAUAAUGCGAGAGUCGCUUUAUCAUCAUAUAAUUGGGACUUGGAACGCGCCACUGAGCACUGCCUCUUCAGUUAGUGAUAACUACAUAGUUAAUUUGUCACAUUCAAGCAUUUGUCACAUCCAUUCAUUUUGUGUUAAAAAUUUUCUUGUAAUAUCGUGUUUGGAUAUUGAUAGAUUUUACAAUUGGAAUUCUACAUCUAGAAUAUGACAAUAUUUGGAUGAUAAAAAACCUUAACCAGAAAAUCUAUUCAAUAUCUACCAAUAGUCACAUUUAUUUAAUUUGUAACAUAAGCAUGAAAGAGAAAUAAUUAUUAAAAAAUGGCUAGUAUAAAUCAAUUAGCUAAAUUUUAAGCAUUUUAUGAAAAAUAUAUUGUUCUGUAUUACAUUCUGUUUAAAUUCUACAUUGUUACUUAAGAAAUAAUGAAAUUUAAAUUAAUAUAUUCUUGAUUGCUUACAUUAUACGUAAUAAUACAGUAUAUCUCAAAUUUAAAUAUAAGUACAUACUCUUCUUCAAUUCUCUGCAUACCAUUGUCAAAUUUUUAUUAUUUAAUUGACUUUUGAAGUUUUCUAUUGCAGUACAGAUUUCAAAUUUAUAUUAGGAAUAUUGAAUUUUCACUCAAAUUUGCUAUACCUUUAAAUAUAUAUAGAGUCUGUUUGCAGUUUGAAUAAUAAUGAUUUGCGUUUUAUAUCAGUGAUGUACAAAUUUUCUUGAACAUUAUUAAGCUUAUGAUAAAGCAUGAGAAAAAAUUUUGAUUGUUGUGUUUAACUUUUUAUAUUUAAAUUUGUUGAUUAACAAAAAUAAUUUUUUGAACUAAUUUUAAAAUCUGUCAGAAUCACUAAAUGUAAUUUGAUCAUCACUGAUUUCUGAUAAAUAAAGUAAUAUUAUGCAACAUACCGUAUUAACAUGUAUAAAAAACUUUUUUUAUUUGAGGUAGAAAAAAUAUAAUUUGGGCAAAUCCGCUUGUAUAUUAUUAAAGUAAGAUAUGACCUGUAAAAAGAUUCAUAAACUUGUUCGCUUUAAUGUUGAUGUUUUAGACUUGUACAUUUUUAGUGUGGCUUACAUGAGGUGAUAAAACUAUCAUGUCACAGAUAUGUAUCUUUACAAAUAUAUAUUAUUUUUCUGUUUUUAUAUUUGUACCAUGCCGUGUACAUUCCAGACUCAGGUGUAAAUGGCAUUUAUAGCAGCGUCAGUUAAAUUCUAUAUUUAAAAAUAUAUAAUUAGAGAGAAAAAAUAAAAAUAAAUAAAAAUUGAUUUUAGUAACAAUUUUGUAAAAUUAUGAUACAGCACAGCUAAAAAGAAUGAAGAUGUUAUUAAGAAAUUUAAUUAUUAUUUGUAUAAUAAUGUAUAUGAUACAAAAAUGCAUGUAGUUUUUUGUACAAUUGAAAUGUUAAAUCAUGUGCAUUAUACAGUAAAAGGCUAAAAAAUUUAAUUAUUGGUUUACAUCAAUUAGUGAUAUGCAAUUUCUCAAAAAGUGAUCAGUCGAUUGUAAAAAUUGUUUUGCUUUAUUUUUUAUAUUUAGCUUGCGAUGUAUUAUCCUAUAUAUGGGAUUGUUUAUGGAUGUGGUUGUGGUUCCAACAUCCUUUUUGAUGUUUUAAUUACUGUAAUGUUUAUCAUAAAAUAAAUAUUCUUUUUCCAUUGUUUUGCUUGGAUUUUGGUCUAUACAGAUUUUCCUUAACGUAUAAUUUUUUUAAACAUUGAGAGGAUUUACUUAUUUUCCAUAAUAUCAGUAUAUAAAUUUUUAUAUUAUACUUUUUUGUUAAUAAGUAUUUAACACAAAACUUUUAUUAUUUAAUACUGAAGUAUAUAAAUCAUGUCAGAGAUGGUUGAAUAUUAAUUUCUCACUAGAUUUCUUGUAUAUAGUCUAUAUACAAAAGCAAUAUAUAAAAAUAUAUUUGUAAAAUUGACUAUCCACUCUCUUAUGUGCGAUAAGUUAUUGAAAAUGUCUUUCCUUGUAAAACACCAUUAAAUUUAAUCUAUAAUGUACAAAUACGACUUGAUAUUGUAUACAACAUGUAAUAAAUUAUUAGUAAUAGUAAUAAAUACUGAAUUCAUUAAUUAUGA